AUUUUAUAGGAUCACAUUAAAAAAGCACCAUGGAGUUUUAUGAGUCAACAUAUUUUAUUGUCCUUAUUCCUUCAGUAGUUAUUACAGUAAUUUUCCUUUUCUUCUGGCUUUUCAUGAAAGAAACAUUAUAUGAUGAAGUUCUUGCUAAACAGAAAAGAGAACAAAAGCUUAUUCCUACUAAAACAGAUAAAAAGAAGGCAGAAAAGAAAAAGAAUAAAAAGAAAGAAAUCCAGAAUGGGAACCUUCAUGAAUCUGAUUCCGAGAAUAUACCUCGAGACUUUAAAUUAUCUGAUGCUUUGGCUGUAGAAGAUGAGCAGGUUGUACCCGUUCCAUUGAAUGUGGUUGAAACCUCAAGUAAUGUUCGGGAAAGAAAGAAGAAGGAAAAGAAACAAAAAUCUGUACUUGAAGAGCAGGUCAUCAAAGAAAGUGAUGUAUCACCGACUCCUGGCAAGAAAGUAGAACCUGUCCCAGUUACUAAGCAGCCCACCCCACCCUCUGAAGCAUCUGCCUCGAAGAAGAAACCAGGGCAGAAGAAAUCUAAAAAUGGAAGCGAUGACCAAGAUAAAAAGGUGGAAACUCUUAUGGCACCUUCAAAAAAGCAAGAAGCAAUAUUAUCCCUCCAUCAAGAGGUUAAACAAGAAAGUGGUGGAUCAGGGAAGAAGAAAGUUUCAUCAAAGAAGCAAAAGACAGAAAAUGUCUUGGUAGAUGAACCUCUUAUUCAUGCAACUUCAUAUAUUCCUUUGAUGGAUAAUGCUGACUCAAAUCCUGUCAUGGAUAAGAGAGAGGUUAUUGAUCUGAUUAAACCUGACCAUGUGGAAGGGAUACAGAAAUCUGGGGCUAAAAAACUGAAGACUGAAACUGACAAAGAAAAUGCAGAAGUGAAAUUUAAAGAUUUUCUUCUGUCCUUGAAGACUAUGAUGUUUUCAGAAGAUGAGGCCCUUUGUGUUGUAAAUCUGCUAAAGGAGAAGUCUGGUGUGAUACAAGAUGCUUUAAAGAAGUUAAGUAAAGGAGAAUUGACUACACUCGUACAUCAGCUUCAAGAAAAGGACAAGUUGCUUGCUGCUGUGAAGGAAGAUGCUGCUGCUACAAAGGAUCGGUGUAAGCAGUUAACCCAGGAAAUGAUAACUGAGAAAGAAAGAAGCAACGUGGUUAUAGCAAGGAUGAAAGAUCGAAUUGGAACUUUAGAAAAGGAACAUAAUGUAUUUCAAAAUAAAAUGCAUGUCAAUUAUCAGGAGACUCAGCAGAUGCAGAUAAAGUUUCAGCAAGUUCGUGAACAGAUGGAGGCAGAGAUAGCUCACUUGAAACAGGAAAAUGGUAUACUGAGAGAUGCCGUCAGUAACACUACAAACCAGCUGGAAAGCAAGCAGUCUGCAGAACUAAACAAACUGCGCCAGGAUUAUGCGAGGUUGGUCAAUGAACUGACUGAGAAAACAGCAAAGCUACAGCAAGAGGAAGUCCAAAAGAAGAAUGCUGAGCAAGCGGUUACUCAGUUGAAGGUUCAACUACAGGAAGCUGAGAGAAGGUGGGAAGAUGUUCAGAGCUACAUCAGGAAGAGAACAGCAGAACAUGAGGCAGCACAGCAAGAUUUACAGAGUAAGUUUGUGGCCAAAGAAAAUGAAGUACAGAGUCUGCAUAGUAAGCUUACAGAUACCUUGGUGUCAAAACAACAGUUGGAGCAAAGACUAAUGCAGUUAAUGGAAUCAGAGCAAAAAAGAGUGAACAAAGAAGAGUCUCUGCAAAUGCAAGUUCAGGAUAUUUUGGAGCAGAAUGAGGCUUUGAAAGCUCAAAUUCAGCAGUUCCAUUCCCAGAUAGCAGCCCAGACCUCCGCUUCAGUUCUAGCAGAAGAAUUACAUAAAGUGAUUGCAGAAAAGGAUAAGCAGAUAAAACAGACUGAAGAUUCUUUAGCAAAUGAGCAUGAUCAUUUAACAAGUAAAGAGGAAGAACUUAAGGAUAUACAGAAUAUGAAUUUCUUGUUAAAAGCUGAAGUACAGAAAUUACAGGCCCUGACAGAUGAGCAGGCUGCUGCUGCACGUGAAUUAGAGAAGAUGCAAAAAAGUAUUCAUGUUAAGGAUGAUAAAAUAAGAUUACUUGAAGAGCAGCUACAACAUGAAAUUUCCAACAAAAUGGAAGAAUUUAAGAUUCUAAAUGACCAGAACAAAGCAUUAAAAUUAGAAGUUCAGAAGCUCCAAACUCUUGUUUCUGAACAGCCUAAUAAAGACAUUGUGGAACAAAUGGAAAAAUGCCUUCAAGAAAAGGAUGAGAAGAUAAAGACUGUAGAAGAAUUACUUGAAACUGGACUUAUUCAGGUGGCCACUAAAGAGGAGGAACUGAUCGCAAUAAGAACAGAAAAUUCAUCUCUGACAAAAGAAGUUCAAGACUUAAAAGCUAAGCAGAAUGAUCAGGUUUCUUUUGCAUCUCUAGUUGAAGAACUUAAGAGAGUGAUCCAUGAGAAAGAUGGAAAGAUCAGGUCUGUGGAAGAGCUUCUGGAAGCUGAACUUCUCAAAGUUGCUAAUAAGGAGAAAACUGUUCAGGAUUUGAAACAGGAAAUAGAGGCUCUAAAAGAAGAAAUAGGAAAUAUCCACCUUGAACAGGCUCAGCAGUUAUCUAUUGCUUCUCAAGUUCAAGAGCUUCAGAACUUAUUAAAAGGAAAAGAGGAACAGAUGAACUCCAUGAAGAUUCUUUUGGAAGAGAAGGAAAAAGACCUAGCUAAUAGAGGGAAGUGGUUACAGGCAUGCUCUGCAUCACAAGUAGAAGAACUCGAGAUUGUGUUAAAAGAAAAGGAAAAUGAAAAGAAGAGAAUAGAAGCUAUGCUGAAAGAGAGGGAGAGUGAUCUUUCUAGCAAAACAAGGCUGUUGCAGGAACUAGAAGAUGCAAAUAAGUUGUUUAAAUCCCAAAUUGAGCAGCUUAAGCAGCAGAACUACCAACAGGCAUCAUCUUUUCCUCCUCAUGAAGAAUUAUUAAAAGUAAUUUCAGAAAGAGAGAAAGAAAUAACUUGUCUCCAGAAUGAGUUAGGUUCUCUGAAGGAUGCUGUUGAACACCAAAGGAAGAAAAACAAUGACCUUCGGGAGAAAAACUGGGAAGCAAUGGAAGCAUUGGCAUCAACUGAAAAGAUGCUGCAGGACAAAGUGAACAAGACUUCCAAGGAAAGACAACAGCUUAUAGAAGCGGUUGAAUUGGAGGCUAAAGAAGUUCUCAAAAAAUUAUUUCCAAAGGUGUCUGUCCCUUGUAACUUGAGUUAUAGUGAAUGGUUGCAUGGAUUUGAAAAGAAGGCAAAAGAAUGUGUAGCUGAAACAUCUGAUUCAGAGGCAGUUAAGAUUCUAGAGCACAAGUUGAAAGAAGCUGAAGAAAUGCACACAUUGUUACAGCUGGAGUGUGAAAAAUAUAAAUCUGUCCUUGCAGAAACAGAAGGAAUUUUACAGAAACUACAGAGAAGUGUGGAGCAAGAAGAAAAUAAAUGGAAAGUUAAGGUUGAUGAAUCACAAAAGACCAUUAAGCAGAUGCAGUUACUGUUCACAUCUUCAGAAGAAGAGCUAGAGAGAUUAAGAAGAGAAAAUAAAGAUAUUGAAACUCUGAGAAGAGAACGAGAACAUUUGGAAAUGGAACUAGAGAAGGCAGAAAUUGAACGAUCUACUUACGUUACAGAAGUCAGAGAGCUGAAAGAUCUGUUGACUGAAUUGCAGAAAAAACUUGAUGAUUCAUAUUCUGAAGCAGUAAGACAGAAUGAAGAGCUAACUUUGUUGAAGACACAGUUAAAUGAAACACUCACAAAACUUACAACUGAACAAAGUGAAAGACUCAAGGUAGCUGGUGAUUUGCAUAAGGCCCAAGAGUCACUGGAUCUUAUCCAGUCAAAAAUAGUAAAAGAUGCUGAAGACACUGCUGUUAUUGGAAAUAGUGAUGUUUUCCCAGAAAUGGAGUCUUCUGAGAAGGAGACACUAUCUCUAAGUUUAAAUCAGACGGUAACAUAUUUACAGAAGUUGCUUCAGUCCGUAAACCAACAGCUCACAAAGUAGAACACUACCAGGUUUUAGAGUGAAGUGAUCGGGGAACUGUUCAUUCGAGAAUAACAGAAGGCAUUGUAUUAUAUUUUGCCAAAUUAAAGCCUUAUUUAUGUUUCACCCUUUCUACUUUGUCAGAAACACUGAACAGAGUUUUGUCUUUUCUAAUCCUUGUUAGACUACUGAUUUAAAGAGAGGAGAAAAACAAAAGCCAACUCUGUAGACACCUUCAGAGUUUAGUUUUAUAAUAAAAACUGUUUGAAUAAUUAGACCUUUACAUUCCUGAAGAUGAAAUAAACCUGUAAUCUUUUAUCUUAUUUUGCUCAAUAAAAUUGUUCAGAAGAUCACAGUGGUAAAGAUGAUGUAAAAUUUAACAUUUUAAUACUGAUGUUGUACACUGUUUUACUUAACAUUUUGGGGAGUAACUGCCUCUGACUUCAACUCAAGAAAACACUUUUUUGUUGCUAAUGUAAUCAGUUUUUGUAAUGACGUCAGCAAAUAAAGGGAUGCUUAUUAUUCAAACUUGA